AUGUGUAGUGAAGAAGCGGUGAAAUGGCUCUUGGUUCCACUGCUUUGGCUUUACGUUCAAACGGAUGAUCCUGCCUUCGUGGACCACCAAGCCUUCUCGGCAGAGGUCGACACCUUCCGGGCCGCACUCGGGGAAGCGCCAGGAUCCAUCAACGUCACUUCGGGCACCCACCUCGAGGAGAUGAUACACCACCUGGCCACCGACGAACUGGAGGCAGCUUUACCCAGCCCGCCUGCACAUGUGACGGGCGUCGCGUGCAUUGUGGGCCAUCUCCGCACCCUGGGGCUCCCCAAGGUGCAUCAGAACUUGCGCAAGAACGCUCUGGAUUCCCUGCACUUCACUGAGCUUCGAACCAUUCUGGUCACGGAGUUCGGCAGCAGCAUGCCCGACGACGCCGGGGCGUCGAAUGACAUGGCCGAGUCGCUCAGGAGCAAAAACCCCACACGCAGCUGGACAGAAAUGGCUCCUGCACUCGAGUCGAUUGCACCGGAUGUCAUCCUGAAUGUGCCUGUCGUGGAGGAAGGACACCCACCCGACCGGAAAUGCGCCGACACCUAUCCAUUGUCCUGCAAUGCUCAGUGGAAGAGGUUGGAGCUCUGCAUGUCGCAAGUGCUAUCCCUGGAGCAGCAGCGUGGUGAACCUUUCGACUGGGUGAUUCGUUUGCGCACGGACAUGCAUUUUGGUGUCCCCUUGGGCGACAUUCGAAUCUACGACCCGGCUUACGUGCACUUGCCAGUGGGAAGCUGGACGGAUCCACACGAUACCUUUGCCCUGCUCCCGCGACAGUUUGCGCCGAUCUACUUCAACACGCGCCAGUAUGGUGGCACCGAGUACUGCUGGGUUUCGCCACCCGAAGUGAGGUCUGACGAUUGCUGUCACCGGCUCAAGUUGCAGCUUGAGAAGCACCAGGUUCCCGUGAAGCGCUUUGCCCAUUCACUGUUGCCUGGCCUACAUGUGUGGAUCCCUGUAGAAACUGCCGCUGGACGCUAUUUGCCCAGGCUGAAGAACCCUGCAUUUGCUAUCAUCGGCACAUGGCACAGAAACUUAGAAAGUGGGAGGCAGAAAAGGCAGCUUUUGGGAGACGCUUGCCAGGAUGCAGAGCUGCUCCGUUGUUUGCGCGACUGCGCUGACCCUGAGGAGGGCGAGGCAAAGCGCUUGGUGCAGCAGUUGGAGGCUCGCCAUGGCUCCGGCUUCUGGAAAGCCGACAUGUUUCACUGCUCUCACCCCGAGUUUUCCGCGCGCCUCCAAAGCUGGGGCCGCGACUUUGCUCUGAGCAUGGUCGGCAAGCCGUGGCCGACGGCAAUCUACCGGCAGCUGAAGUUGCAAGUGGCCUACAUUGAGGAGUAUUUCAAUGCGCGAGCUGAAGCAAUUGAAGCUGAGCUGGCGCGCUUGAGACAGCUGGCGACGGAGGAGCCGCCCGCACACGAAGAGCAGCUGCCUGUCGAAGUGCCGCCCCAGCUGCGCUCUUUUUUCGAGCGCCUCCUCCAGAGCCAGAAGGUGAAGGUGGUUGAUCUGGCCGGCGGGCCUGGCUGCUGUGCCGCGGGCGCUUGGCGCUUCUUUACGUCGGAGCGUAUGGGCUCAUGUGCUGUCGAAGCCACUGUGAUGGACCCUGUGGAAGAGUGGUCAUGGUGUCACGAGAUGCUGGGGCUGCAGUUCCGCCACUCCGCCAGCUUGUCGGACAUGCUUCUCGAGGACUGCACCUUCACGGCAGACGUCGUCCUGUUAGGCUGGGCCAUGAGCUUCGCCUGCAAGAGCUUCUGGGAUCGCUUGCACGUUGCCUUUGGCCAGCGGGGGGCCUACCUCCCAGGCUGCAACAGCCAGGCGCUGAUCAUUGUAAUGGACCGGGGCCUGGACCAGCUCCGCUUCAAGGACAAGCGCGAGAGGGAGCUCCAGAAGCCUGGGGUCCUCUGGAAGGACUACGGGGCCAACGUGUGCUUCUCAUGGAUGUUGGGAAGCCCAUCAUCCCCGGCAAGCUCCGAGUGA